AUGAUUGUGAUGCUUGCACCCCAUCUGGCAACAGAGGGAGUCGCCUGGCCCCUGGCGGUGUUCCGCAAGUCUUCCUCCACGUUCUUCCUUUAUUUUGUGACCAACUACAUCUCCCCUCCACUGCUGCUGAUUCUCGUCCGGCUUCUCUUCACACGGCUGGCGCGAUGCUGGAAGGACGUCGUUCUAGUCUGCUGCCUGGCACUUUCCCAAGCUGCGUAUGUCUCAGUGUCCCCGGCCCGCCUUGCAUUCUUCUUGGAUGUGCCAGUCAGUGAGGUGACCCCUGUCAGCAUCGAAGACUCAGAUAGCAGCGUUAUCGUGUUCUGCGGCCUUUUCGUCAUCGGCGUCUUCUCAUUGCUGCCGCUGCGUUGUCGCAUGGUGCUGCCGAUGAUCUUGUGGAUCCCCGGCUGCUACCUGGCACUGAGCUUGCCUCUUCCUGCAGAUGUCCCGGAGCAGUCCAUGAGCAAUAGGCUCGUCGUGGCGGUUGGGCUGCUGCUCCAGUGCUUGAUGGCGCUGGCAGCCAAGAGCCAGUCGGAGAUUGCAGAUCGAACGAGUUUCGCCAAGCUGAUGCUGCAGCAGCGGGAGCUCUACACCAGACAGGUGAUGCGCGUGCGAGGGCACGAAGCUGCAGAGAUGUCCUGUGUGUCCUGUAACAUUCGCAGCAGCCGAGACUCCACCACGAGUAUCGAGCACAUGUCAGGCAGCUCCGACCCCGCCGUGAGCUCGGGCUGCCCAUCCAGCAACGUCUUCAACAUGAACUUCGUGUUUAACCCCGUGACGCAGCAGAUGGAGUCGGCGCCCUUGAAUGAGAAGAUGGCCUGUCUGACCGGGAUCGCCAAGAAGGAGCACUGGCUUAUCGAGGCCCACGAGCUCGAGGUCUUUGAGAAACACGAGCUUGGUCGGGGAGGCUUCGGAAGGGUCGUCGUCGGACGCCUCCACGGCUUGCCCGUCGCUGUAAAGAUGUCGAAGUCGGUGAAGGCGCUCCGUGGAAUCAACUCCUUGGUCAACGAGCUACGGAUCUUCCGGCGGCUGCGGCAUCCAAACAUUGUCAUGUUUCAUGGAGCACGCAUCGAUAUUGCCGCUGGAGAGCUGAUGAUCGUGGAGGAGGCGGUCCCAGGAGUCACUCUCGCGGAGCUGAUUACACCUCCACCCAGUCCAAUACGAACCAAAGCGAGGCGCCUCCUCUUGCUGCGCAUCUGCAAAGCCCUUCGUUUUCUUCAUCUGCAGACUCCGGCCAUCAUGCACGGAGACCUGAAGCCCGGAAACAUCCUGGUGCCGCAGACGAUGCAGCCAAAGUUGACAGAUUUCGGGCUGGCGAGGAUGAUCCAGAGCCCAGAGGACGGUGUUCUCUUCAGAGGCGGCACCCGGCGCUGGGCGGCUCCAGAAACCUGCCCCACUCGUGACUCUGCAGAGGGCGCCAAGCCGCGAGAAGUCACGAUCAGUGCGGAUAUUUGGUCGCUUGGACGAGUGUGCUACUGGACCGUGACUGGAAAACUUCCCUUGGAGACCUUUGGCGCUGAUGCGACUCCCGUUUCGGGUGAUGGCAUCCCUCUUCAGCAGGAGUGCCUGGAGCUAUGCGCGAGCUGUGGACACAUGGAGCCAGACGAGCGCCCUUCCAUCUCAGAGGUGCAGUCCAGAAUUUGGCACUGGCUUCCUGAGAAAAAUAGACAAGCGGACAAAGCUGCCACAAUGGCCAAAUGGCUGCUCGAUGACAGCGUGCUGCCUCCGGACGCCAUGCCAGAUACUCCAUCGCUCGUUGACUAUGGUGAAGGUCAAGACAGACCUGAGCUGAAAUCACGGCAUCGCCUGUAG